AUGGAGUAUUUUAUAGUGUUUGCCGGGUCAAAGACGAUCACCGCAAAUCUCAUCCCACAAACCGUUUUCAACACCUCCUCAUCUGGGGUUUUCAAAAUUCUAUCAUCAUUGCUUGUUAGAGUCAAUUGGGCUCGAUUGAGGAACUCGAGGAAUUUGAUCAGUGUUCAUGGCGGUCCUCGGCUUCGAGUUAAUUCGAGGAAUGUGAGGUUUCAGCUUUCUGGGUUUUGGGAUUCGGCUUCUGGGCAGCUUUGUAUGGUGGGAUCAGCUUCAAGGCGUGUGAUUAAUGGUAAUAAUCGUCAUUUUGAUGCUGUUUUUAAGUCUGUUUAUCCUAAUUCUGCUGUUAUUAAUACUAGUUUGAUUACUGGGACUUUGGAGAGUUUGGAUUCUGAAGGUAGUGAUGGUUAUUUUAAGCUCAUUUCGAUUAUGAGUUUUUCUAAGAUGAACUAUGCUUAUACAUUGAUUAAGGAUGAUGUUAAUAAUGUUAGUAAUGUUGAUAAUGUUAAUGAUGAUAAGUCUUUGGUUAAUGGGGGGAGGAAAUUUGGGAAUUGUUAUCAAUUUGCAAGCUUAGAGGAGAAUUUUGAGCUGGAGUAUAAGAGUGAAUGUGAUGGUAGGAAUUGUAGUAGGAUUGAUGGGAUUCUUGGGUUUUUGCCUAAGUUUAUGUCAUUGAAUGAAAUUGAUUGUUCUGGGCCAAAGAUGGUUCGGGUUUCCUUUGGUUUUUCGAAUGUUAGUGAUAUUCGGAAUGGUUAUAGACAGCCAUUGGAUCCUAAAAGGACAUUAGUUGCUGAGGGAUUGUGGAAUGUAGGAAAGGGUCAGCUUUUCUUUGCUGCUUGCCGGAUUUUGAAUUUCACUAAUGAGCCUUUGAAUGCUACGAUUGGUGAUUGCUCGGUUAGGGUGAAUUUUACAUUUGCGGAUACUUUGUCCAUUAGAGAUACAGGGGUGAUUACCGGUCAUAUUUGGAGCAUCAAGAGUGCGGAUGAACCAGGUGACUUUGAUAGAAUUGAGAUUCGUGCUUCUGGAACUAGGAGAGCUGCACUUCCAGACAUGAAAUAUAAGUAUACUGAAAUUGAUAGAGCCCAGAAAUAUUGUGCAGAAAAGAAAGGCAGUAAGCAAAAAGUAAAGAGUUUCCCUGAUCCCUAUUCCCAAGAUAUGAAAUUUGACAUGGAAGUCAAGAAUACCAAGGGUAAACGGGCCUGGGGCAAGGCCUAUCCUGUGUUUGUUGGUGAUCGUUUUGUGCAGAAUAUUUAUCCAUAUUUCAAUUCGCGGCUAAUACCCAUUCCAAAGUCUGCUGUGAAUAAUAGCUACCAUGGCUUUCUAAAUAUUGGCUAUCGGAUAACUUUUGCUCCUAAAGGUGAGUUUAAGGUGGGGGGUAGAUCAUUCACUAUUAACGAUACAAUAAGAAUAUCUGCUGAAGGGAUAUAUGAUACUGAUGCUGGACGCCUUUGUAUGGUAGGCUGUUGGAAUCUUAAAAAUGAUGGCAGUGCUCCACUAAAUGCAAGUAAACUUGACUGUGAUACUUUUAUCAACAUUCAGUUUCCUCCUCGUGAUUCAAAUGUUAAAGACGUGGUCAAGGGAACUAUUGAAAGCAAACGUGAAAAUGUAGAUCCUCUCUACUUUGACCAUCUGGAUCUUUCAGCUACUUCACUGACAAAGUUCCAAGUAAAAAGUGCUUUUUGGAGGAUGGAUUUCGAGAUUGCUAUGGUUUUGAUUUCUAACACUUUAGCAUGCGUCUUUGUUGGGUUGCAGCUAUUCCAUGUUAAAAGAAAUCCGAAUUGCCUUCCACAUAUUUCACUUGUCAUGCUCAUUGUGAUAACCUUGGGACAUAUGAUUCCCUUGCUUUUGAAUAUGGAAGCAUUUUUCUUGUCCAGUACCAGCAAGAGAACUGUGCUUGUUGGAAGUGGCGGAUGGCUUGAGGUGAAUGAAGUUUUAGUCAGGGUUAUAACCAUGGUUGCAUUUCUUCUAGAGUUCCGUCUUCUACAGUUAACAUGGUCUGCUAGAGCUGGUGAGGAAGACAACCAGAAAACCUUGUGGGAAAGCGAAAAGAAGGUUAUAUACUACACUUUGCCUUUAUAUGUGGUAAGGGCUCUGAUUGCUUGGCUUAUACUACUAUUGAGGGGUUCACAUACUGUACCGUAUCAGCAUAUCAAUAUAAACUCAAACCCUUCCCUUCCAUUCUGGCGUGAUGUGAAGUCAUAUGCUGGUUUCAUUCUAGAUGCCUUUCUUCUCCCUCAAAUUAUCUUCAAUGUAUUCUCUGAUUCAAAGGAGAGAGCUCUUGCUGUUCCAUACUAUCUUGGGACCACAGUUGUUCGACUGCUGCCACAUGCUUAUGAUCUGUUCAGGGCUCAUAGUUCAUCAUGGAGCUUUGACCCUUGGUACAUUUAUGCAGACCCAGGAAUGAAUUUUUAUUCCACUACAUGGGAUAUCCUAAUUUCAUGUCUUGGCCUGCUGUUUGUCGUCCUUAUCUUCUUGCAGCAGUGGCUUGGUGGAAGGUGGAUUAUUCCUAAGAGAUUUAGCAAGAUCGUUCAAUAUGAAAAAGUACCUGUGGGGCUGUAG